AUGGCUCAUCUUCCCACUCAACAACGCCAGACUGACACCUAUCUUGAAAUUCGCGGGAUAAAACGAUCACUUGAAAGACUUCGAAAAGACGAUGCCGAAGGGGUCGUUACAGGCAUCUGGAUAGCUAUUUUAGCAUCAGUUUUUAAGGCAGAACAUGAGUAUAUGAUUCGCGCCCAGGGUCUUUCCCCAGGGGGGUUACAGACCUUCUUGGUCUCCAUUUUAUCCAACAAGGAAAACAAUGUUAUGAGAAAGGAGACACAGGACUCGGCCUGGGAGGGAGCUAAAGCUCAGCUGCUGGACUACUUGCCGCAUCUUGAGCCCAAGAGAAAGCGCCCCAGAUAUGGGAUUGUGGCAGUAGGGAAAUGGGCGCAGUUUGUCCUCUUUGACGAGGAUAGUCGACAAUUGACGGCGCUUCAUGACGGGCACCUUCAUGUCGAAAGACAGUGCCAGGACAUACAGGAUUUGCUUGUGUAUGUUCGAGAGAACCAUUAA